GAAAACAAACACAAUUCUGAAUCAAGUUACUUCUUGAAUUCGUGACAAUUCAUUGAUCUAUCGUGUAUACACCAUGACAACCUUUGCAGGUAAAAAUAAAGCUUCGGAUAUUCCAGAGUGUCCAUACGGUGCAAGGUGUUAUCGUAAAAAUCCUCAACAUUUGGCAGAGUUUUUGCAUCCGAAAAAAUCCAAAACAUCAGAUGAUUCUGAUAAUUCGGACGUCAGUGCCGAUGCGUUGUCUACACCAACAGCGACGGCACUAACUACUACAGACAGUAACACUCUUCCAGUUUGUAAAUACGGAGCUAAAUGUUACAGGAAAAACCUGAUGCAUUUUGCGGAAUAUUCUCAUCCAACAGCAGUUGUUGCCAGCAUUAACUCUGGAAAUGACAGCGGAGAUGACACUGAUGAAAUCACAGAUGAAAACGAAUCAAAUGUCAAGAAAAAGGACGGUGUUAAGUCCGAAGAUAUCCUAAAACGAGGCAUGUCACUAGUAAAAAGCUACAGUAAGAUGACAGAAGAGGAACGUAAAGAACUGAUCAAGAAAGCAUUUGAAGCCAAACAGAAACUGCAAGAAGAACUUGAAGCAACAAAGAAAGAAGUGAAGAAGAAGGAGGAAGAAGUAAGCAGGCUGCAAAAAGAGGUUGCUGGUGGUCUCCUGCUAAUGGAGGGUGAAAAGGAAGCCUUGGAAGGGAAAGAGGUCAAGUACUUUGAUCUGUACCCAGAAAGGUCAUACAAAGAGGGAUCUGCAGCCCAGACCCACUUCCGUCUGGCAGAGUCUCAGUUUUAUAGGCUGCUAAAUACCGGAAUGACUAAAACCAAUUUAGUGAAAGUGGAAUACGUCCUCAAUCCAGAUCUGGUACAUCAUUUCAGGGAAUGUCGAGAAAGCUUAAAGAAGAAGCAUGGGGAGGAGUUUUCCUACCCUGUGUUGGCGUUUCACGGCACAAUGGAAACAAAUAUCAAGCCUAUAUGUCAAACCGGCUUCAAAAUACCGGGGGACAAUGGCCAUGCGCAUCGUACAGACACAGGCUGGUAUGGAAAGGGAGUCUACUUCAGUGAAUACCCCGCCUACUCCAUGGGUUACAUCCAGGGCGCGACCCAACUGCUGCUCUGUCAAGUUCUACCGGGAAAAGCCUAUCAGUGUACGAAGCUUAUUCACGGGCAUUCCCUGAUGAAAGGUUACGAUUCCCACGUGUCUCCCUGCAAGAAAGAGCUUGUCAUCUUCAACAAGUAUCACAUUCUGCCCCAGUACAUCGUCCACUAUCAGCCAAAUGCUGGAGAAUUCAAAUACACCUCACCCCCAAAACCGACAUCGGCUGCUGGUAGCACAGCAGAAGGCAAGAAAGGCAAAGGGAAGAAGAAGGGAGGAAAGCUUACGAUAGAUGAAUUAACAGACACUGAGAUGUUAAAAAACAAGCAUGACCAGGCUGUGGCCAUGCCUUCAUCAAGCACAUUGGAUGGAUACAAUAUUCAGUUCACAGGGACUUUCCAGAACACCCAGGCCGGUAUGACGGCCCUGGUCAAAUCACAUGGCGCAACAAUAGGAACAAAAGCUGUUUUCAGUCUACUGAUAGCCUCGAAGCUGGAGUUUGAUCUAUCAACAAACAAAAUCCUUCAGGCUAACAAGAAAGGGGUUUCAAUAGUGGGUGAAAUGUUCUUAUAUGACUGCAUCAUCAACCAUAAGAAACAAAAUGAGGAUCAUUACAGAUUAGACGACUAGUCACAUACAAUAUUUAUGAUCACGUCAACAUUGAUGAUAUGAUAGCCACCAUGCCUUGCACCUGGGAAGAGCUGGGCCCGUAUUCACCAAACAAUUCUUAUACUUAAGUCUAAGACUAAAAAAUAUUCUUUAAAUGGAUAAAGUAUAGAAUUGCUUGAAUUUUGAGUCAAACUUGGCAUUAAACACCUACCUAUAUCAUUCUUCAUACAACAGUUUGUUCAUGACAUAAUCACCAGUGGAGGCCUGUAUAUAUUCGAAUACUGAUAUUAGUUCCAAGUCUAUUCUUUAUUCUGAAGUCUAAGAAUGGGUUGGUAAAUAUGGGCCCUGAUUUUGCUUCCCUUUCCAUUGGCAACUUAGCCUUGCAAUUUUGAGGUCACAAUUUCCAUUCCCUCAUGGACUGGCACCUGCAGGCCUUGCAAAUGGAAGGUCUUGAUUUCGAUCUCCUGUCCGUGGGCCACUUAGCCUUGCGACUGCAAGGUCACAGUUUCCAUCCACUUAGAGAUAGGCACCAAGCUUUGCCAAUGGAAGGUCUUGCUUUGGACCAACUGUCCAUUGGCCACUUAGCCAUUUUAUUGGUAGGUCACAAUUUCCAUCCCCUCAUCGACAGGCAUCAAGCCUCGCAAAUGGAAGGUCUUGAUUUCGAUCAUGUUAAGAGCAUUAUUAAAGCCCCAUAAACACUCAAAAUCAACAAAUAUAUUAUAAAAUAAAGUUAACCCAUCAAUAAUUGAUAAAGCCAAUCUCGUGUUUGCUUGUUAAUGUUUGGAUAUUGCUUCGGGAAAUUCACAUUGAAUAUAUUGUUACACACAAAAUAGAAACACGCAUUUUGUCUCUUGUCAAAUCUAUAUUACCAGACAUCAUCUAGCUUUGAAAUUUUUGCAAAUAAUAUUCAUACAUUCACUUAUGUUAAGGCAUAAGGAUUUUAUUGUGUUAUGUAUAAUGUAACUUUGGCGUAUAUUUUCUGCCUCUGGUACCAGCCAACAUUUCUGGAUUGUCUGGUUUACAAAAAUCAUGUCUUGAAAACAUGGAUAGAUUAAAUGGUCAUAAAAGAAUUUGUUAGAUUUUGAUAUAAGAAAUUGUCAGUUGUGUUUUAUAGUCAGCACAUUUUACAUCAUAGUUUCAUUAAAAGAUAUUGUUAUUAGUUUAUUCAACUCCAAAUUCUGGUUUGUCUUGCAUAACAAAUAUUUAUUGGUGUUCCUAUUUCACCAAAGUGAAAUACUGGUAUUUGGAAUUAAUUAUUUAUUUUUACUACUCAGUUUUGUAUCCAGUAGGGAUAAAUAUAAAUUAACACAGAACAA